AUGUACGCAAAUUACACGCCAGGCCACGGCCGGUUUUGGCACCUGCGGCUGCGGCUGUCUCUGUCUGCGAAUGAAACCCUUGUAAGGCAGCGGCCAUCGCUGGCAAAGGCAUCGAGGAGGCUGCCUGCCGUGCAGGCCACAGAUUCGGACGUGCAACAACCUGGUUUUUGCUUUCCAUGUCUGUCUGAUCAUGCUCUGCCGCAAAUAAGCAUAAAAGCUGCACUGCGCGGGGACCCUUUCGGAUCAAUCUACUACGCAGGUCACCAAUCAGCAGUGCAUAUUCUUUCCCACUCCCGCCACCUAUAUAUACGCUUCCCACACGAGCCCAUCAUCUUCCAUUCCUCACCACAAGCUAGGACACCGUCCUCCACCACCUCCCCCUCUCUUCAACAACCGCCACGAACCGAGCUCCUCGACAUGGUGCCUGCGGAGGCCAUAGCCAUUGCGGUCCGCCUCUACUCGCUCUCCGCGGCUGCGGCGGCCGCCGGCUCGCUCCUCGCCUGGCUCGUCGCCGCCGCCGCCGGCCUCUGGCGGCGCAUCCGCGCUGCCAGUGCUUCUUCCCACAACAAGCGCGGCUCCAGCGUUCGCGCCGUUAUUGGCAACGAUGAUCGGGAGCCACAGCCGCCUCUGCCGUCUCGGGCUGCCAUCACUGAGGAGCCGCGGCGGCCGGUCGCUCUCGCUCCGGCCGAGCUGCUGUCCCCGUCGUCCGUGAGCGAGCUGACGAACACGCCAUCGUCCAAGGUCCGGUUCACUGCGCACUACUACAGCGGCGCAUUAGGAGACGACGACGACGACGGAGGAGGAGUGGUGGACGGCGUGAGGAAAUGCGCGGACACGGAUGACUGCGAGGUGGAGAUUAUGGUUCUCAGAAGGUCGGUGUCAGAGCCAGCGAGAAGAAGAAGAGCGAGGACCUUGUUGGCCGCGGCGGCGGCGCCGUGGGAGGAGAGGGAGACGAUGGCGGUGAGGCGGAGGAGCGACCUGGGCUGCUGGUACCGCCACGUCGACAUGGCGGCGCUCGACGGCAGCGUCGUGAGGCUGUGGGACGGCGGCGUCGCCGGCCGCGAGAGGGAGGACGAAGAGAGGGCGCAGGAUUGGAAUUGCAACGACUGUCGUUAUAGGAGUUAGUGUGGUUUUUGUGCAAUCGCGUAUCUCGAAUAUGGUUCCUCGCCGGUCUGAAAAAAAAGAUUAGACUUGCGAUGCGAGACCACACUUCAAAGUUUCUUUGAUUUGAUUGGCAACAAACCUUGCUACGUCUAACUUUUCUUUAACAAAGAGUGGCGUACUGGCGUAUAGUAUGUCGUGUUCAGUUUACUAAUUAAUUACCUAAAAUUAAUUGA